UAAGAGAUUCUAAAACUAGGGCCAGUCGAUCAUAAACAAAAAAAAAACAACAACAACAAAACAAACAAAAAACAACUAACAGUUCAACUAUUACAGAUCUAGAUCUAGAUCCACAAUUACAAUAAUUUACAAUGACUUGUUAUUUAACUUGUAUUCUCAAAGCUAGAUCUAUCUAGAAACCAGAUGUCUAAUAAAACACUAAGACUUAGAUAUCUACUAUACUUAGACUAUACUACUACUAGGCAGUACUACAUCUAGUCAUUCUUAAAUUCUAUAUUCUAGUUGACUAAGACUAAGAGCUAAAAAUUAGUAAAAAGUUAAAAAAGUACACUUGGCUCACUUGCCUUGUUUUUUGGUUGAGUCUUUCUUGACUUAACUUACUUGCCAGGUAAAGACACUAGACAGACUAAGUUCUACAAAGAUCAGGAAGUGGAUAGGAAUGUUACAACUUUUGUCGACGUGCACACUUUUUCAAUGUAAAAACUGUGUUUUCAUUUUUUUUAAGCAUCAGUGAUAUGUGUCAAAAUAAUAAUAAAAUAGUGUUAAAAAAUGUUGCGUGGCCUUACAAGUCUUACAGCUCAAAGUCCAUGAAUAGGUGUAAAUAGAAUGCAAGGUAUCCAGCUUAACCAAAGAAACUGAAAGAAAGGGAGGCCUGCACAUUGAAGAAAUGGGAAUGGGUGUUCCUCUUUUAAAUGAAUACAAACGGAGUUUCCUAUAUAAGAGGAUACCACAAACUCUCCUUGGAGGUUUGAAAGUUAAAGUUGGCUAUGAUGCACCUUACUUUGUUUACACUAAUCAGAUUGCAUUGUGGUUAGUUCCUUUACUUCUGGGCUGGAUUUUCACAUUGGUCUUAGAACUGGCGUACAGUGAUGAUGAACUGCAAGACUUUUUGUUGCUGUACAGCUGUCUGUAUGGAGCCUGUAUCAUCAUCUUUGUGGUUGUAGUGCAGACCAUCACAACAGUUGUGGACAUGAAGGAGAAAGAAAACACACAUGCCCUGAAACUGCAUAAAAAUAUUUUGGCAGACGAGGAUGAAAUAGAGUUCCAAUCAUGCUGCGGUGCAGAGAUGCUGGCAUUUAUUAUACCACCGAAAAAGUUCAAAGUAAAUAUUGCACUUCAUGCUUUGCUGUCAGGUGCAGUUUGUGGCCUUGGAUUUUGGUUUCUUCUCCCUACCACCAUCAACCAUUUGUAUUAUUAUAAUUAUGGAGCGACAGCUACCAUAUUUAUUUUUGGUUGGUUAACCGUCAGUAUCACACAGUAUUCUUUGACUACAUCUGCCCCACCAGAGCCUGCAGUAUACAGAACAAUGGACACUUAUGAGAUGUUGCCUCUGACUAGACCGAUCUAUGCUUUGAUCUGUUACAGCCUUCACAUAGCUAAUUGGUAUUAUGAAGAGCUGGUAGUUGCUAACCAAGUUCUACAUGUAGUCUUUGUCCUGCUACCUCUCAUUUGGUUCUCUGGACUUCUUCCACCUGUUGAAGUACUGAUCCUGUGGCUGCUGGAGCAGUUUCAUGUCUUCAUGUUGGGUGGCUCACCAUCUGCCUCCACUACCAGGCUGAUCAUGAUGGUGGCUCUCUCCAUUGGCUCCCUACUGGGUUGUUAUUUCAUGAGCUCUUGUUUUAGCUCUGUAGUGUUUGCAGCACUUACUGGCUAUUUAUUGAGUUGUAAUUUAGGUUUACUUGGAACACAGAUUUUGACGGCAUGCACAAAAAGCAACAAUAAUCGAGUUUCAUCAACUGGGAAAGCAACGUUGAGCUCUGCCAUGUCAUCCCCUUUGAACUUGAAUGGUUUUUUGUGGACUUGGUCAUGGUCUACUGCAUUCUAUCAUCUUCUGAUGCUGUGUAUUGUGGCUAUAGCUGCUGGUCUUACAAAUUAUCAUGUCUCUGAAAUAUCUCCAGAUGUGAUUGAUAUUAUUGGCUAUGCCAUCAUUGGUCUGUGUGUGGCUGAGAAAGUUCUCAGGGAUGUCCAGUGUGUAUUUCCAGUUUUUGGUUUUUGGAGAAACACAUUAUUCCCACACAAUUCAGAACAUGCUAACAGAUUUAAAAUUGUGAAGAAACGCUUGCUAGUCUUUGGAAUAAUGCAUCGUUCGAUUGUCACUUGGGUUUCUCCAAUUCUAAUGGUCAUCUACAUGUCUCUGCAAAUAAAAAACUCUGAUGUCAUGGAUAAAUCAAUUAUUUAUGGAAUGUCAACAUCAAUUGGAGUCCUAUUUGUAUUUAGUACUAUUAGAACAUUCAGAUGGAUCUGGCAGCAGACUACUCAUGCACUUCUUGAGGUCUCCGUCAUUCAUAUCAUUCUGGUAACUCUGCCAGAUAACUCCGUUGUUCAGACACUGAGAGCUCCUAUACUUUUGUUAAUUGCCUGCGCAGUGAGAGAUCGACUGACACAGAUAAGCAACAAGUUGUUUUAUGUCCUGGCUCUGAUUGUUAGUUCUUGGAACAACAAGAAACAACGACGCAGAUCAACAGCAUGCAUCAUGAUGCUGAAUUUUUUCUUCUUCCCCGUGGUGCUGGUUGUUGUUCUUGCUGCCUCGGUUCUGUCAGCACCACUCCUGUGUUUAUUCACACUUCCACUGUUUUUCAUUGGAUUCCCUCGACCGAAUAAAUUCUGGCCUGAACCUGUUGGAUCUUCAGCGAGUACAUGCCCUGAUUCAGUUUACUAUCGACAAAUAACAGUGGAGUUGGCCAAAGCUUUAAGUUCUGCUUUUGCUAAUGGAAGUUUAGGUGAGCCAGAUGUAGGCAAUCACUACUUGAUGAGAUUUCAAGAUAGAUUGAUCUGGGCCAUGAUCUUAGAGAGAGGAUCAGGCUUUUGUACUUUCAACAUCAAAGGGCUGGAACUGCAGGAAACAUCUUGUCACACAGCUGAAGCUGCCAGAGUGGAUGACCAGUUCACAGAGGCCUUUGUUGGGAAGAAUGGUGGAUUUGGUAUAUGCUCCUUCAAUAAGUACCCAAUGCACUGCAUGACCCCAGUAGACACAGCUGUCAUCAAAGCCUACUCUGAUGCACGUAAUGUUCUGACAGGAGUGAUUGACUCCCCUGAUAGUGUGGGUAUUUCUUUGUCCUUUUUUGCUAAGAGCUUGGUCUGGGUGCUCCUGCAUCACAUCAACAAACUGAAGCAUAAAGAGGAGAUGGCAAAGAAACUGAAAGAGAAGGAGAUAGAGGUAAUGGAGAGAGCAAACAAAAAGCACAGUGGAGAGCUCCAUAACAGUGGCCCCUACAGAGAGACCUCUGCCACAAACAAAAGAAAAGACAAAGUAAGUGUUGUCAAUAACAACACAGCCCCAAAAGAAUUGAACCACAAUGUCAUUGCAACAGCCAAUCAAAAGCAAGACCUUGUCUUGCACCAUAAAGGAGGUGGUGAUAGCUUUGCCCUGCCACCUUACUCAAAAACAAAAGCAAAUCAAAGCAUAUCUCGGCCAGUCUCUGGGGGCUCAAAUUCAUCACGAAGAAUCUCACUCUCUUCAUCUCUUCAUAGUUUUACUGACAGCAUUUGGUCAGAUGACUUUGACUUGGACAAAACUAAGAAGAAAUCAGCUUCAACAAAGCAGCUGAAUAAAGUCUCUACUGUAGUGUCUAUAACCAACAGUGCCAUUAACAAGCCUCCAUCUCCACACCCAGUAUUAACAAUGCUGCCACAGGUCAGUAAAAAGACUGCCCAUGUUGCAGAGAGUGAUUUCAUGGAGGACCUUAACUUUGGGUUACCAGCUGUUGAUGUGAAUAUUGCUAGGACUAGGCCCAACAUAGACUUUGAUGACAAAACCUGGACAUUAGACACUACUUCAGCUGGGGGAAAGUUUUUGUAUCCAUCAAAGUCAAACUCCAAGUUUAUGGUUUCUAAUGGGAACCAUAUUUACAAGCCUUUGAUGAAUUUAGCUGGAUCACCAGACUUCAAGUGUCAGUAUUCUACUCAUAUUAGUGUGCCUGUGAAAUGGAGAGAACUCCCCAUUGAACCAUCCCAGUUGGCUAGAUACAUUGCUUCGUUUCCCACAUCAUGGUAUAAGCAUGUGUUAAAUACACUGGAUUGGUCAGUUACUGAACAGUCUGGUCAGAAGGUAGCUAGUGAGGUAGCCUCAGAUGAUGCCCUGACUAACUGUUACAGUCAGCUUGUCAUGGCCUGCUAUUCAGCCUUUGAUACGCCAGGUCGACCAGGAGGAGCUAACUACUUAUAUAAGUGUUACAAUGGAGAUGUUCCCUGGAAUGCUAUGAUGGACUGGGUGGCUGAAGAUAGAGAACUUCAUAAGUUGGUUAUAAAAAGUUUUAGGUAUGGGUUUAAGUUGAUGCUUGACCAGAUUCUGCUUGGAGAUAUCACUGAAGAUGAAGAGUUAGAGUCUUACCUGCAAAGUUAUGAUGAAGAUUGGUAUAUAGGCAAGGACACGGACCCAGAGUGGAGCAGCUCUGUUAUAGACAACAAAGGCAAUUUGUUUUCAUUGGGUCAUAAUGCUGGUCAGGGUAUCUACACCAGUCGUACUUUGUCACUUCAGGAGGUCAUGGUUCACAUGGGGCGAGUUAACCGUGAGAGUGUGACAGGCCAAUGGUCCAACCUGAACCUGGAGCUCCUGUACAUGACCAAUGAUGAUGAAGAGCGCUAUUCUAUCCAGGCUCAGCCAGCCAUGUUGAGGAACUUGACUGUUCAGGCUGCUGACCCACCCCUAGGCUACCCCAUCUAUUCUUCCCCUCCUAUAUCCAUACCAACUGUCUAGUCAAAAGAAAACAAAUACUUCAGAUAAAAUGUUUUAUCAGCAUUAGCUGAUUUGAGUGAUGUUAACGACAAGAAAUAAUGUGUAGAUAAGAAAGAUGAAAGCUCAUUCAACUUAAUUCCUUUCUUAACUUUGAUACAAGACUAUUAUUAUUUGAAGAUUGGUUAAUCUUCUACCAGCGUCAAAAAAACUUUAUUCACCAACAAAGAGAGUAUUGUCCAACUAUUGAGAUUGGAUAAAAUAUACCAGAUACCUGACUUUAUGAUAGUAAUUUUUUUUUUUGUUUUUUUUUAAUAUUCUUAAUUUUUGUUGUAACUGACAGAAAACUGUCAUAUGGAACAAUAAUAUUCAAUCCAAGAGCAUUCCAAUUGUGUGUUUGAUUUGAUCAAUGCUCAUGAAGCUGCCGUCCUCCUGUUGAUGUACAUAGGACACUUUAUGUGUCUGGCCUUGAACUGUGCCCAUUUAAAAUACUUUUUCAUUUGAUGCUUGAUGUAUUGACUAGUUGUAAAAUGAAGUACUUCAAUAUUGAAAUCAAAAUUAAAUCCUUGGAUUAUCUUAAUUUGUUUAAGAAUAUAGAGAAAUUUUUUUUUUAAUAGUAAAGAUGGAAAACUAUUAAGGUUUCAUGUUUUAUUUGUAAAAAGUUAGUGAAGAGUACAUUACAAUUAGUUGAAGAGUACAUUACAAUUAGUUGAAGAGUACAUUACAAUUAGUUGAAGAGUAUAUUACAAUUAGUUGAAGAGUACAUUACAAUUAGUUGAAGAGUAUAUUACAAUUAGUUGAAGAGUACAUUACAAUUAGUUGAAGAGUACAUUACAAUUAGUUGAAGAGUAUAUUACAAAACAUUAUUUUGUAAUAAAAUAUACUCCUUUGAUCUUUCUUAAUUUGUACCAAAGUGGAAAAAAAAAUGUCUUUUCAAACAUGUUUGUUUAACAUAGAUUUGUGCAAUGAUGGCCAUUGAAAAGAUUUGUGUGUGGGUGUGCAAAUCAGAGAAUCUCCUUUCAAGCAAACUCUCCUAAAUCCACUCUUUCUUUAAGAAAGUCUCAGCAGGACUGAGCUGAUAAAGAAUUAGAGAAUUGUUUCUAAAACAUAUAAUUUCAUUGUAUUUCAAUCUUGGUUAGUGAAAUGUACAUUCUUGUUAUAUAUUUGAAACUGUACAGUAAUUCAAUUUUUCCCAUUAUGCUUAUGACCUUGAACAUUGUCAGAAAGCAUUACAGACUGUGAUAUUUUAUGUGAACAAAAAACCCCCCAGAUAUAUUGUAUUUUCCUUUUUGUUUCCCUACUUCCAUGCCUUGAAACUAAAAUCAUUUUAUCAACAAAUUUAAGACUUUAUUCUUUUAAGCUACAUUUUUUGUACUGCAUGUAUCGUGAUGGCCAGUCUUUGUUUUAUUAUUAAUAUUUUUAUAUUUGCUGGGUAUUUAAUUUCAAAUCAAACAAAACUUAUAUUCAAGACAUAAGAGGUAUUUAUGUCAAAACAAGCAAACAACAUCCAGUUGAUUCAAUCAAAAGUCUCUUCUUUUUCUCAUAGGAUUCAUGAAAUUCAAUUUUAUUGGUUACAAAUCAAAGCUUUUUUUUAGGAUCUCUGUAAUAUUUUCAUUACUUGAUGUUGUAUCAGAAAAUGUGUAUUUUACUUAUUAGGUAUCUAUUAAGUUUAGCAUUAUUUGUUUACAAUUUGCAGGUCUGAUUUUCGACUAUCACUCAAAAUGUUUCAAGGAGUGUUAGCAAAAGCAAUUUAAAAAAAAAAGAGGAAUGACAUUAAGAAUAAAAAAAACAAAUCAUGGAGCUGCCAAGGUAUCACUUACAAGUUAUUUCCAAUUUGACUUGGACUGAUUUAUAAUGGCAAUAAUUCCUGUAUGUUUCAAUAAUGCUAGUUUGUAUCAUCAUAUUUUGUAUAUUUGUUUUUAUUGUUAGUUUUCUAAAUGUAAUUUUAAUUGUGUGUAUAAAUUCUCUAUAUCACAUGGUUGUGUUAUUGCUAGUAUUAUUCUACACUUCAAUUUUAUUCACAUUUUAUUGGAACUGUGAAACACACAACAUAUAAACUCCCAUUUUUUGGCUAAAUGCUUCUUCAAAAUAUCAGAAAUAAUGAUACAAUGUUUUAAUAAGUGCAUUAACAAGUUUUGAUUACCUGUUAGGUUUUGUUAGCAUAGUAGAUAAAGCAAGAGAUAACCAAAUAAUGAAAGAUUUGUAUUUUGUGGUGACUCUUCCCUUGGGAUGACUUAAAGCAGCAACUGUAGCAAGAUAAUGUAGCUCAAUAGUACAAACAUUGCUUAGUAUGUUUGUGUUUAAGUUUUGUAUUCUACUGUCAAUGUGUGAACUGUUCUAGCAAACUUUGAAAUUGUCUAGCGCAAAUACUCUUUCAACUAUUGUACCACCAAUAUAUAAAUGGUAUUUACAUGGGGAUUGCAGAAUGUGCAGAAACCAUUGCAUUUCAAAAAUAUGAAAACAAUUGAUGCCUAGCUGGAUAAAGUGUUGUGUAUAAGUUUUUAUUUCAUGCUCUUCAAAUGCUCAAUGUGACCACCACCAGUGGCACUGAUGACAUCAAGUAGAUAUGAAAAUUCCUACCAAAGACAGUGGAUUGGUAAAAGAGGUGCUAUAGAUCAUGCUCUCUGCCGUAGGCAUGCCAGGUCCUCCGACCUCACUGUGGGCCACCUUAUCUUGUAGAGUAAGUUAAAGACAAGGUUUUUGUACCACCAUUGCUGGUAAAUAUCAAUGACUUGAAAGAUUGAAUAACAGCUGCACUCAACACAGUGGACAUCAUAAAGCACUUGCAGCUAGUAUCAUUUUUUUUUUGUUUUUUUUUUACUUUAUUUUUGAAAUAUAGCACAUUGGUUUUGGUGCAUUUUUUAAAAAAUCCUCCUAUAUUUCUUUGAAACAUUUAAACAUACAUUAAACAAUCCAGAAAUGGAUCAUCAUACUUUUCAACUCAAAUAUUUAAUGUACAUAUUUUUUAUGUACGUUUUUUUUUUAUUGAUCUCUGGUUUGAAGUAUAUUUAUCAAUGCAACAAAAUUUAAAAUAGUUUUCAAAACUUUUUUCAGAAUGGGAGCUAACUAUUGUUUAUUAAUUGUAUUUAUGGUUAUCUCUCUUGUGAGUGUCCCAUAAGUUGGAUAUUAAUCAAUUUCUACACCUUAACAUACUUUAACACAACUAUAAAUAACAACUUUUGUAUAUAAUUCUAAACAUACAUGCAGACUGGGUACAAGAAGAAUCUACACUUCUGAGUUUAUGGACCACAUUAUUUGAUCUGUAUUUGUGUGUGUGUACAUAGACAACGCCUACAUAAUCACUUGCUAAAUAAGGUUGAAUAAAAUGUCUCUUUACUUCA